UGUACGUUGGUGGGGCUUUGGCGGGCCUUGGCUUAGCUUCGACUCGCUGUGCAGCUGCCGAGACACGCUUUACGCGAAGACCUGUUGCACGGUUGUGGAAGGUCGGUAGCCAACUGGGGGGAGGGUGGUUUCCCUUCGGGCCGGAGAUGGUCCCUCUUGACCUGGGUGCUGGGCACCCUUGCUUGGUCGGACUGUCCCUUCUUUGUAAUAUCGCAACCAUCAGCUUCGCGCCGCACGCCGACACGCGCAUCCUCACCGCCGGGGAUGACUGCAAGCUGCGGUACUGGGACCUCAGGAACCCCGGGCAGCCGCUGCUGGAGCUGGGUGGGCACCGGCACUGGGUGUGGCACGCCGCCUACAACCCCGCGCACGACUCUCUGGUUGCGUCCUGCUCCUCCGACUGCUGCGUCAACCUGUACUACACACCGCAGCUGGCGGCCAGCGCGGGCGCGGCGGCGGCCGCGGCGCCGGGCGGGGAGGCGGGCGCGGUGGCAACGCCGGGUGCAGGGCAUGCCGCGCCGGCCGGCCCCAAGGGUGCCACACGGUGCGUGUUCGAGCUGGUGGCCAGGUGAUGCGCGCAUGUGCCAAUGGAGCCGAUGCGAGAGACGGCCUCUUUGGCCUGGUCGUAGCUAGUGGUAGCUAAGUAGCUUGGACGGAGAGACCUGCGUCUGAGUCGAGCCAGCAGCAGUGGACUGCCAUAGGAUCCGGUCGUGUUGGCCGGGUCGCCCGCGUGCGACUCCGAUGACAAAUCCCACGCCAUGCUUGCGUUCGAGGAGCGGAAGGACGCACAGUGAAAUGCAGAUCCGGGAGCUGAAGACCUGAAGUUGUCGGUGUUCGGUAGUUGCAGGGCAUGUGUCUUGACUAGCGAGCCCGCUGUCUCUGAAGCCGCGCCACCCUGGCGGUCUGGCCUCCUCCAACUGCAGAGUAUUCAGAGUCUGAUAGUACAUACGGUAGGGGACGGUAACAUGUCACCUGCUGCAGAGACAAUAGACUUCUUCUAGCUCUGAGACUUUCACUUUGAACACUGGUACGCUUACGGUAUCCAGUGUUGCUUUCCAAAGCCAGUCUUGGGGAUAAACACGGCCACAGCCAACAGCUCUUGUCCCUGUUUCCCUGUGAAACAGGAACCGCGACCUAUGUGCUGCGGCAAACCUCAUCACCGCGUGUGCGGAGGACGGCACGUCAUGGCCAGCUGCGCUGAGCAGGCCGCCCAAGCCGCGCAGCUGGAUUGCUGGCAGUGGCAACCGGGUUAGCGAUGGCGGGUGGUGGGGCGCGUGCGUGCGGUAUCCGCGUACCGUAUGUGGUGGAGUCUGGAGAACAGGUUGAUCCCGUCCUCCCCAGCCGUCCGGUCUAGGUCCGUGAUGUGAGGCGCUAGAUACCAUAGCUUGAUCC